AUGUUCUCCAAGCAGGUCAUCGCUCUCGCGCUGUCCAUCGUGGCCGCCGAGGCUGCCCACCAGGGUUUCAACUACGGUUCCACCAAGACGGAUGGCAGCUACAACUACGAGGCCGACUUCAAGACUGAGUUCCAGACGGCCAAGAACCUCGUCGGCACCUCCGGCUUCACCAGUGCUCGUUUGUACACCAUGAUUCAGGGUGGUACCACCAACGACCCCAUCCAGGCUAUCCCCGCUGCUAUUGCCGAGGACACUUCCCUCCUGCUGGGUCUCUGGACCUCUGGCGGCAACAUCGACAACGAGAUCGCCGCCCUCAAGUCCGCCAUCAGCACCUACGGCGAGUCCUUCACCAAGCUGGUCGUCGGUAUCUCCGUCGGUAGCGAGGAUCUCUACCGUAACUCGGUCACUGGUGCCAAGAACAAGGCCGGUGUUGGUAUCAACCCCGACGAGCUCGUCAACUACAUCAAGCAGGUCAAGUCCACCAUCUCCGGCACCACCCUGAGCGGUGCCUUGAUCGGUCACGUCGACACCUGGGAUGCCUGGACCAACAGCUCCAACUCCGCCGUGAUCGACGAGAUCGACUGGCUCGGCUUCGACGGCUACCCCUACUACCAGACCACCAUGUCCAACGGCAUCGACCAGGGCAAGGCUCUGUUCGACGACGCCGUCGCCAAGACCAAGUCUGUCGCCAACGGUAAGGAGGUCUGGAUCACCGAGACCGGCUGGCCACUCAGCGGCCCCAACGAGGGCGAUGCCGUUGCCUCCCUCGCCAACGCCAAGCAGUACUGGGACCAGGUUGGCUGCCCUCUCUUCGGCGAGACCAACACCUGGUGGUACCUGCUCGCCGAUGCUGGCUCCAGCCCCAGCUUCGGUAUCACCGGUAGCACCUCCACUACCAACCCCCUGUUCGAUCUGUCCUGCAAAUCCACCUCCUCCAGCUCUAGCUCGGCCUCUGCCUCUACCUCCACCGGCACCGCUGUCACCCAGUCUGUUUCUGGCUCUGCUUCUACUACUGGCUUUGCUACCUCCACGGUUGGCCUCGGCGUUGGUCGCAACAGCACCAAGGUUACUACCCAGACCUCCACCCCUCUGAUUGUCUCCACCCAGACCGUCGGCUCUAGCUCUGGCACUUCUCCUUCUUCUUCUUCUUCUUCUUCUUCCUCCUCCUCCAACACCGGCAGCUCCUCGUCUGGCUCCGGCUCUUCCAGCUCUGCUGCUGCCACUUCCACCACCACUUCCACCACCAGCUUCAACUCUGCUGCCCGUUCCUCUGGCUCGGCUUUCACUGCCCUUGCCGCUGCUCUGGUCCUCGCCAUUGCUGUUUAA